AUGAGCGAGAACCAAAGUGGAGAUUUCCUAAGCAAGGAUCUAAGCUUCUCAACCUUGGAACCUAAGACCAUAUCACUGAAUGGAACUUACCACUUCUAUUUUACAUCUUGUGACAUCAAGGACCAAGUCAUUAUUUGGUUUUCUCUCAUCAUUUCCCUGGCUGGAAUAGUACUAAAUGCCAUAGUGCUUUGGAUCCUGGGCUUCCAGAUGCACAGGAAUGCCUUCUCUGUUUACAUCAUCAACCUGGCUGUGGCUGACUUUCUCUUCCUGUGUUUUCAAUUUCUGCUUUGCCUUCUUGUUGUCCUUUACAGCUUCGGUAUCACUUACAUACAUAUUUCCCAAUUUAUUUAUGCUCUGUCACAAUUUGCUUAUCUUUCUGGCCUGAGCAUUCUCAGCACCAUUAGCAUCGAGCGCUGCCUCUCUGUCAUGUGGCCCAUCUGGUAUCGCUGCCAACGUCCAAGAAACACAUCAGCUGUCACCUGUGCCUUGCUUUGGGCUCUGUCCCUAUUGUUGGGUCUCCUCAGAGGGAAUGCAUGUGGCUUACUGUAUACUCAUUUUGAUCCAUUUUGGUGUCACACAUUUUAUUAUCUCAUCACGGCUGUAUGGUCAAUUGUUUUAUUUGUGGUUCUCUGUGGGUUCAGCCUCAUCCUGUUUGUCAGGAUCUUCUGUGGCUCACACAGGAUUCCUGUGACCAGACUGUACAUGACCAUUGCACUCACAGUGCUGUUCUUCCUGUUCUUUGGUCUUCCCUUUGGCAUCUACUGGCUCAUCUCUGAAUGGGUUGAACAUUUGUCUGAUGGUAAAAUCUGUGAUUUUUAUCUUGAAACCUUUCUCCUAUCCUGCGUUAACAGCUGUGCCAAUCCCAUCAUUUACUUCUUUGUUGGCUCCAUCAGGCACCGCAGGUUCCAGCGCAGAACUCUCAAGCUGCUUCUGCAGAGAGCCAUGCAGGACACCCCAGAGGAGGAAGAAGGUGGAGAGAAAGGUUCUUCAAGAAAUCCUGAAGAUGUGGCAACAGUCUAG